AUGGAAGCAGCUGCAAAUUUCUUGAGGAGGAAGCGGUCGGCCGGGGGAGAGAAGGGCAGAUCGCUUUUCUCAAAAGCGCACCCAACCCCCCCGUCAAGUACCGGACCACAGAGAUUGGACUUGGACCUCCCCGAUCUUCCCAGGCUCCCGCUCGACAUCUCCGAGUUGCUUCGCUUUGACGAGGCCCAAUCGAAGGCUCCCGGCCAAUCUUUGCUAUCGCCAGAAGCAACAACAAGAAUUCCAGCACCGCCCAAAUCCGCGCCGCCAAGAACAAAAACGACGCCAAUAGCAGCAACGCCGACGUCAGCGACGUCAGCUUUGAGCCCAUUGGACAAGAAGCUGUCUGUUGCACCAAUCCAGACUCGUACUGGUAUCUCUGUAAAGCCAAAGCCGCUGCCAGUGCCCAGAUCUGCUGUGGAAGCACCCAGCUGGGAAAGGACCGGGUCGCAGCAUCCCGGAGCUGAUAGGCAGAAGGCAGCCACUAUGAUCACGACUGUCAACGCGGCCUCCACGCCCACUACCCCAACGGCCGCUUCCAACGCCAAACCUUGGAAUGCUCCGCUACCGCCCCUACCGCCUAUGUCGAUACCCAGACGGCCUCUUCGUGCUGACAUAAGUUCCCCUACUUCGCCUUCGCUUGUGACUUCUCCCACAUCGGUUGCGGCUUCCCUAGACUCGCCCACCCUGAAGCCCAUCGCAGCUUCCCGGCCAGCCUCACCACCCCGCUCAGGCCCAGUCCCGGCUCCGGCUCCGGCUCCGGCUUCGGCCUCGGCACCGGCAAAACUCAAGCCCUCCGUGUCGCCCAACACUUCGGUUCCCGUGUCACCAGCCGGCUCCUUGUCCAGCAUCUUGUGGGCACAUUCGGAUGGCAGUUCAGGAUCAAGCCCGAGAUCUUCGACAAACUCUACCCAUAGCUUUCCCGAUUCCAAAGAGCCCAACCCAAGCGCAGCGUCUUCGAGACUAGUCGGACAAGUCUCAUCGUCAAACCAUCAUGAACAAAAGAGGGAAGAAGACAAAUCUCGAAAGUUCGCACAAUCAGAGCGAGAAUUGCCGCCGGCACCGCCCGCGCCUCCAGUGAAAGAGAAAGACUCGCACCUCAACCGCCAAAGGCCAGAGACCCCGCCAAAAAUAGUCCGACUACAAACGCAAUCUGAACAAGCUUCGACAGGGGCGCAAAUCGCGCCGAUCUCGAUCAACGGCUCAAACACUUCUCCCCAGCAAGGAGAGCUUUGGAGACGGAGAUCGGUGAAAAGUGAAAAGAACCUGGUGGUUGCGGACCUUGUACUUGAUUCCAGCAACGGAUCCACCGCCGAAUCAGCCCAGAUUCAAUCUCAUGCUGCUUCGCGCACCGCCGACGCCCAGCCAACAGUAACACCGCCUUUGUCGCCAGGGCACGUCGACGCAUCCCCACCUGCAGCCAAUAACAAUUACCGUGCCCCAGUGCAUAGGACCACCACUGCCAAUGCUCUUACUGGGAGAAACAUCCGUCCUUCAGCCUCUCGUCAACAAGUCAUUCCCCAGGUUCAGGAUACGAUGGGCCAAGCCAAAUCCCACUUAAGAAAGAAGAGCCGCGACGACACACAGAGAGCGGGUACGCCCGCGGAAAAGGCAGUGUCGCAACCGACAUCCGAAACCAGCAAUGGGCUGCCUGCCGCCACUACCGCUCCUUCCGUCGCCCGCCAUCCCGCACCCGAUUACGGACAGUACGAAGAAGUCAAGCAGCCAACUUGGGAGCCGGACGCACCAUCGGUACGACAAGUGCCAUCGACAAAUACACAAGGGGGAAACAGACCUGCGAUUCAGCGAAAAGCAAUCGGAGGGUACGACACCCAGGUGCGGUCGGUGAACGAUUCGAAUUUGGCUCCAAGCGAAAACAAUGCUGGGCUCUCCGUGCGCUCGCCUGUUGGACUCCCCGCUUCUCCUGUGGCCAACCGGGGGCGCCCUGUAGAACGACCCCCGGCCCCCAACGCGGCCCCGUUCCCCACUCGAACCACAUCCAAAACCGGCAACGGGUACCGACCCGCGAAUAAUCCCACUCCUCAAAUUCAGGUCCAGGACGAAUAUCACCAAUACUCCAAUGGCACCGUAGAUCACGGCUCCGUCUCCGAAUCUGGGUCCGCUGUAUCUGUUGAGACCCUCAAGCCGCCGAGGCGCAGAUACGUGGACAACGAGAUCGCCGUGAUCUCGGACGAGGAGGAGCCCGAGGAGCAGUCCUGGCCCGAGAGAACUGACAACCCCGGCGUGGCCCUCUUCCUAAAAAAGAAGAACUGGUACGCACCAUUGCCAGCCGACGGAGUACUGGAUGCGCCCCCUCUUACGGACAAACACUACCGGUGCCUGACAAGCCAUAAGUUCAUGACGCCGAGCCGACAGAGAUACAAUCGGAUUGCUUGCCGCACUUGUGGUGAGAGACAACAUGUGGAUUGCUUCAUUUGCAGUGCCUGCUCCCUCAACAUCUGCCUUCCCUGCGCCAAAAGUUUGAAGGUGUUUGGAGGGAACUUGAAGCAGCUUUUGCGCCAUGUGGAAGAGAGCAGACAGUUUAACGAGGAGGAUGAGAACGGCCAAGUGACCCCAGGAGCCCAGUACGCGGACCACAACGGUUUUAGCUAUGGGCCACCGGCAGAGAACGGAGUGCUUUCUCCCGUUGAGGCACACUAAAGCUCGAGGUGGAAUGGUUGGGAUUGGGAAUCAAGUCUGGGAAGAAGCAUAAAGAGCUGCAUACUGGAAAGAUAAAACAGGUGUCAUAGGUCGACGGCGUUGGGGUUGAACUUGCUUGAUGCUAUUUGUUGCAUGGCCGGACAGUAAUACGUUGUAGAGAGUGUUGGUAUUUGGUGGUACAUAUGUUUGAUGCGAUUUACGAGACAAGAUAAUGAGGAAUUCUUUGUAUAUCUCACUGGAUGGGAGAGAUGAUGGUGAUACCCUUUUUGGAUCGGGCUGGGCUGUAGUGGUAUAUGGAUCAUGGAAAAGCACUCCGUUGAAGAAUGAUAAGGCCACUGUAACGAGC